GCGGUGCCCUCUGUUGUUGUCAUCAGUGGCAGAAAAAUGGCGGCGUGCGGGGAGGCAAAGGCUUCCGCGGCAGGUUCGGGGCUCACUGGAUUAAUACAACAGUUUGUGGCUAUUACAGGUGCCAGUGAAUCUGUCGGCCAACACAUGCUGGAAGCUUGCAACAAUAAUUUGGAAAUGGCUGUCACAAUGUUUUUGGAUGGAGGUGGUAUAGCAGAGCAACCCAGUACUAGUUCAGCUGCUGUGUCAUCUGGAAGACCACUUGAGGAUGAUGAAGUGCGAGCACCAAUUCCCCAAAAGCAGGAUAUACUGGUGGAACCAGAACCCUUAUUUGGUAUUCCUAAAAGACGUAGACUAGCCCGAUCGAUCUUUGAUGGUUUUAGAGAUUUCCAGACAGAAACAAUCCGACAGGAACAGGAACUGCGAAAUGGAGGCUGUAUAGACAAAAAACUUACUACUCUUGCAGAUCUUUUCAGACCACCAGUUGAUCUGAUGCACAAAGGCAGUUUUGAAACGGCAAAAGAGUGUGGUCAGCUGCAGAAUAAAUGGCUAAUGAUAAAUAUUCAGAACGUUCAAGAUUUUGCAUGCCAGUGCCUGAAUCGUGAUGUCUGGAGUAAUGAAGCGGUGAAAGCCAUCAUCAGGGAGCGCUUCAUUUUUUGGCAGGUUUAUCAUGACAGUGAAGAGGGGCAGAGAUAUAUGCAGUUUUACAAACUCUCUGAUUUUCCAUACAUCUCCAUUCUGGACCCUAGGACAGGCCAGAAGUUGGUGGAAUGGCACAACCUUGAUGUUCAUUCCUUCCUAGAACAAGUGACUGGAUUCCUAGGUGAGCAUGGCCAGCUGGAUGGAUUUUCUACCAGCCCACCCAAGAAGCGUUUACGAUCUGACAACUUGAUAGAUGCUAGUGAAGACAGUCAACUAGAAGCUGCAAUUAGGGCAUCUCUUCAGGAGACUCACUUUGAGGACACCAGUCAAGACAACCAUUCAGAUGAGGAAUCCGAACCAGAGCCUUUUUCAGAUAGUGAGGACAUUUCUGUAGUUGGUUCUGAAGAUGAAGCUCAAGAAGAGCGAGAGUUUACCCCCAGGUUUAAAAAAAAUAUACACAAGGAGUCGCAUUUACAAAAAGAAGAAAGUAAUGGUGGCCAUGUGGUGCUCCCAACAAAAACUGAGCCCGAGCCCACAAUUAAUCACAAAAUACCACCGACUCAACUUGAGCCCACUUUUAAUCACAAAACAUCAUCUGCAGACGAUUCUAAUGUGUUACUUGCAAAGAACAGCAACACAAAGGGACCUGCAGAAGCAUUGGAUAUGGAAGGACCGAAGGUGAGAUUGAUGUUGCGCUAUCCUGAUGGGCAAAGGGAACAGAUUUCAUUGUUGGCGCAAGCUAAUCUAAUGGCUUUGGUGAAACAUGUCCAGUUAAAGGGAUACUCCAAUGAACGUUUUGAGCUAGUCACCAACUUCCCCAGGAAAAAACUUUCACAUUUGGACUAUCAUCUCACAUUACAAGAGGCAGGUCUUUAUCCACAAGAGACUGUGUUUGUACAGGAAAGAAACUGAGACCUAUUUCGUUCACAGUCAGCAAUUCCCAGGAGCUCUGAACCCAGCUAAAAAAUGUUGGAACAUGUAAUUGAUGACCUGAUUAUCCCACUUGCUGGCCAAGGAAAUGGGAAAAUAACCAGCAUGAUUGGUGUGAGGCAAGAAUUUACUGUGUGGACACUGCUUCCAUUCCAGUGAGGGCGAGUACCUAUGUGGUUUAAAUCCAUCAGGAUCAAACUAGUGGUGCUUGUAUUUUUCUUCCUUCUUUUGUAAAACAGUCAGGUACUUUUUUAAAUGUAAUGCAAACUUCACACCAUGAAUAUUAAAGUAUGCUGUGUAGAACUGGUAUGCCAUGGCAUUUGACAGCAUAUUCACAAAACAAAAAAAAUCAAAUCUCUUCUCUUGACUGCAUACCUCAACUUUUAAGAGCAACAAAACCUUUAAAUUUAUUCUGUUUUUUUUAGAAAAAAAAUUCCAGAUAGUCAAGAUUGAUGGGAAGUCAUCAGCACUUCCUUACUGUUAAAGGAGUUGAAGGUUACUUUAAUUCACAGCCAGAAAGUGAAAACACAGCUGGGUUUGACUGUCACUGCUUUCUGAAUGGUAUCCAACUCAUCCUGCAGCAAGCUGUCGGACAUGGGUUUGAAUAUGAACUGUAUUACUUCCAUUUCAGUUAUGUAUCUGGAUGCUUGGCUUGUGAUUUAUUAACAAUACAAUUGUCAUUGAGUGUUUGGAAAUAUAUAUGUCAUUAUUAUAACAAGGUAAAUCAGAAUGGGAAAUGUGUAUAUGUGUCAUAAGGCAACCCCUUUCAUGCCACAUCGUGCCACAAUCUCCCCCUCUCCCCAUUGUCUGCUGUAUCUUUUAAGUGCAUGGGGUUGUGCUGGGGAUUACCACAUGAUUAAAACAAAAAGUACUCUCAGAAGUGGGCAUGGAGUCAUGCCCUUUAAUCAGCUCUUUACACAAUGUUCACAUUUACCAGCAUUGACUGUAUUUUUAGCUGUGGAACUGUGGUAGAAAAUUGGCAUUUGCAACUCUGUCUAUCCUUUGCCACUUAACUGUGGUUGAUGUGAUCAGUGAGGCACUUAAUUGCAACAAAUGAGAGGGAAAGUCCUUUAAAUGCUGAAGUUGAUAAACGUGUACCUAUACAAAAGUUUGUUUCUGCAGCUUACUUGCUUGGUGUGUUGCACUGAUUUGGUUCAUUGAGUCUUCUCCCCGUUCCUUAAGGCUGUUGCAGCAUGUGAUAUAUAGGAGUGUCAUAAUUCUACAGGUCAGGUGUUGUGUCCCACUGGAAAGUAAUUUAGAUUUGUACUGAUAGAGUAUCACAUUUUACUGUGUCAAAAGGAAGCCUAAAAUGAUAUCUGCUGCGCUCUUUCCAUUUCUUUUCAUCCUGUCGCACAGUGUGCAAGUCUAGUAGUUUAGCUAUAUUUUUUUCUUUUGUGUACUUAGCAUCUCCUAAGAAAUUCAACAGAAUGCCCAUAUUGAUAGUAGUUAUUGUUGAGGACCGACUGUUAAGCUGCUGUCUGUUCCUGUGAAUAACAAAAUGUGGCAUCAUCCAUUCCAUUUUUCAGCUGACUUGGCAAGAGCACUCUUUGCAUUGACAAAAACAGGGCUGUUAGGGUCCCCCUACUCCAAAACAAGGACAGCAGGUAGAAAGUUCUUGUACACACCAGCCUUAUGGAGGAGCAUCUUCCUUGCCCCAGCUAUUGCAGCACAUAAGCAGAAGCCAGUGAAGUAUUGUCACUGCCAGGUCCCCUUUAUAAAUAACUCUUAAGCAUGCCUGGAUUUAUUUUUCUAACAGAGGCUGCAUCUUUUUGUUAGCCUUUGAGUUCUUCCUUGACACCAUGAAAAGUGAGGGGAAGUGGGUCUUUGGGUUGCCUUUGCCACAGAGUUUGUCCUUUCUAGGCCAGUCAUCCUUAACGAUUUCCACAAAUUGUCCCUUCUUCCAUAACCCCAGAAGCAGAUGCCUAAUGCUUGGGGCAGUGUUCAGGUCUUCAGAGCCUCCUUUAGGUGGCAAGGAGUCCAAAACUUGCCUAGCCUAGCUGACCUUCACUUAAUGACUACAACAGCAGUAAGCUCCCUACAUUCAUUAUAAAACUGCUUUUCAGAAUGUUAUGCACUUUUGUUGUGAACAUACAGUCCAGAAAGACAAAGUGUGAUGGGUGGCUUUUUCUCAUCUUCAUUUCAUCAUUUUUACUUUGUCUUCUAGAUCUUUGAUUUCUUUUUCCGUGCAUGCUGACAGAGAAUAUUCUAGUAAUUUUUUUAUAUUUAUGCGUUAAACAAGUAAUACAUUUGGGUACAGAUGAUUUAAUGCAGGGGCAGACUAGGUGACUUUGAGUUAAAGUAAAAUGCUCAAAGUUGUACACUAUGCAUUUGGAGUUAAAGGGAGUCACAGUGUUAGCUUGUAACAUACUUUCUGUGAUGUACUACAUCAAGAUUUUCAACUUUGGUCUCCUCACAUGGCCUGCUGUUGCUGCUGUAGAGUUUCAAGUUUAGGUGUCUUUCUAGGAGAUGCAAUAGAAUGACAGAGGGCAUUUGAUACUGAAGAGUUUCCACUGCACCAAUUUUCCUGAACUUCCAAUUUUGCCUCUUCCCCUUGAUUCUUAUGUCUCAGUGUCAGGCUCAUUCAGCUGCUAUUCACUGAAUGAAAGCAGUAUUCUUAUAACUUUCUACUGUUCAUAACUGGCUCUGGCACCUGCACCCCGUUCUUCUUUUCCACCUGUCGAGUAUAUGCUAUCAUAUCCCAGGGGACAGAUAAUGACAGACUGGCUGUUACUUUUAAAAGACUGUAGGUGUCAGCCUGUGACGUCUUCAUACAGGACCCUGCUCACCAAUCUGUUGUUAUGUAGACAACUGUUUCUUGCUAGAUAGUUGAUCAAAGCUCAGAAUGUUGAACUCAAAAUAUUGCUGGCAUUUCUGACAUGGCAGCUACUAUUGGAGAAGAGUGAAAAGGUGAGUGUUUCCAUUUCUUCCUCUUCGUCGAGUUUGCGCAGUGUUGAAAUUGAUAAGCAUAUGCACACAUAGUUUAGGGGUGCAGGGGGUGCUGGACCCUCUUCAAAAUGAAAACAAUUGUCUUAUGUUUCAUAACUUUGUGAGUGCCACUGUUUUGACUAGUGACCUCCCAAGCUUUCAGAUGUUUUGGGUUUGAAUAAUCUUGGAUUAAACAGGAUGCAGUUAGGCAUAGUAGACCCCACUGGUAACACUGGCCUUUGUUUAUGUGAUGCCUGUUUUGCACUGUUGGUCAUUUUGAUUUUGUUGGAUAGGUGUGACCCAACAGUCACACACAUCAGCUUCUGCCACAUUAAUGGCAGUUGUCCUCACACAACCAUAUUGUCAAAUGAAAGGAGUGGCAGCUGGUGCUCAUUUAUAUUGGGCACUGAUCUUAAGCAGGUAGAAUCUGUUACUGUUCUGCUGUUUUCAACCCUGCAAUAUCUUCUUAUUGGCAGGCCUCCACUGCUGUUCAUUGUAUAAUGCCCACUCACUCCCUCAUCUUGUUUUGCUUUCUCUAAUUGAUGGCCUGUCCUUCCCUUCCUGCCCCAGGUGCACAGUAUAUUCAAAACUGUCUUUGCAGUGUCUAGCAA